UUUUGCAUCAGUUUUUGUGUUUUUUUUUAAAAUAAUGUAUAAAUGUUCACUAACUUCUGUUUAAAUGAAUCAUUUCUAUCAGCUGUUUGUUUAAUGGACAUAUAAGCACAUUUCCUGUUUAUUAUCUAAUACUGUGGUGACGCAGCACGAGGGGCGUGGCCUCCACUUCCGGGAGGACCAGUCCAGUGAGGAGGAUGUUGUGGAGAGGUCUCACUCUGCUCGCAUUUCUGGGAAACCACAGAUGUCAGACUGCAGACAACAGUGCGACAUGAUUUUAUAUCUUCGGGUUUAUGACGUCAGUGCAUAAUUGAUAAUCGAUUAAUUGCUGUUAAUAAUUAGAUUGAGAAAAAAUGUCUUAACCAACAACGGGACGUGUGGUGAAAACAAAGUUCCUCUUUAUCAGCAUCUAAAACCUCCUUUCUGACAGAAAUGUGCUGAAAUGAUUCAUUGAUUAGUCAACCGAUUAAUCUAAUUCUUUGAUCGAUCCAGGAAGUGAUUCACUUGCAUUCAUGUUUAAAUUUACUGCUGAUUUAUAAAGUCUAUAAGUACAGCUGCAACAAUCAAUUAAUUAAUCGAUCAAAAGAAAAUUAAUCAGCAGCUGUUUUGUGAAUCAUUUAAUCACGUGCUUCCCAGAUGUGAGUAUUUCCUGAUGUUCUCUCUCCUGUGUGUUAAUAACAGAUCAACAAAACAAGAGACUCUGACGUCACUACGGGCUCUGGGAACUUGGGACAUGGAUGGAUGAACAUUUUUCACUAUUUGCUGACAUUUUAGGGACCAAACGAAUAAUCCGUGAACUGUAAAUGAAGACCAGUAAAGAGAAGAAUCUCCAGUUGCAGCGCUGGUUUCCUCCCAGCAGAACCCAGCGGCCGGUUCUUCUUUUCCUGCAGAGUGAGUCAUCGCCAUCAUAGACGAUCUUCGUUCAGUCUCAUCGCAGCUCCUCCGCGCAGCCUCCCUGCAUCCGAGCGCGAGCAUCCUCACUGCGCAGCGCGCGGACACCGACUCACCGACACACCGAGCGGACCUCUGCGGGCUGCACCUCCGGAUCAGCGGCAUCUUUUCGGUGAUUCUCCCGCGGUCGGUUCUGUAUGGAAGUGAAGUAACCGGCCGGUGGAUCGUCGGUGGAUCGUCGGUGGAUCGUCGGUGUCCUCUCAUCUCUCUGCUGCUCUCCGCGCGGUCAGGACGCAUCCUGCCCACAGUCACAAAAUGGCGGACAUCACCGAGCUGCGACCCUCCUAUGCCAUGUCUCCCGUCCUGGCGGGCUUCCUGGGAGCGGGUGUUCUGGUUCUGGUCGUGGUGGUUCUGGUUCUUCUCUGGUCUUUCUGUCAGCGCCGUUACCUUCGCAUCUCUGGACGCUACAAGCUGCACGGCGAUCGUUACUGCGACGCCGAGGACCCGCCCUACAAGUUCAUCCACAUGCUGAAAGGCAUCAGCAUUUACCCAGAAUCCCUCAGCGGCAGCAAGAGGAUCGUCCGUGGCAUCCGGCGUGCCGACCGCUCCGACCGUGACGGAGAGCGAGGCGGCGCCGGCGCCGCGGGCAGAGGCAUGGUGCUGGUGGACGCUGAAAACAAUAUCCUGGACGUCCCGGGCCAGCUGCAGAUGAGUCACCUGGUGCCCCCCGCCGGCCCCGGCCCCGCCCACAACCAGGCGCGGUUGGAGCGGGCGCUGCCGGUCCGCGCCGACUACUGCUGCCUGGACAGCAGCUCUGCCAGCAGCAGCCAGACCAGCAGCAAGACCGCCUCGCCCUUCACCCCCGCCUCCUCCGAGCCCGAGCCCGAGCCCAGCCUGGGCGCCGUCAGCCUCACCGUGGACUACAACUUCCCCAAGAAGGCCCUGGUGGUCACCAUCGUCGGGGCCCGAGGCCUCCCCGCUAUGGACGAGCAGGCGGGCAGCUCCGACCCCUACGUGAAGAUGACCAUCCUGCCGGAGAAGAAGCACCGCGUCAAGACCCGCGUGCUGAGGAAGACCCUGGACCCGCUGUUCGACGAGACCUUCACCUUUUACGGGGUGGCCUACAGCUCGCUGCCCGAGCUCACCCUGCACUUCCUGGUCCUCAGCUUUGACCGCUUCGCCCGCGAUGACGUCAUCGGGGAGGCGGUGGUGCCUCUGAAGGGCGUGGACCCGAGCACAGGCCGAGUCCACCUGAGUCAGCAGAUCACCAAGAGGAACAUGCAGUGUGAGACUCGUGGGGAGCUGCUGGCGUCUCUGUCCUACCAGCCGGUGUCUCAUCGUCUCAGCGUGGUCGUCCUGAAGGCCCGACACCUCCCCAAGAUGGACAUCACCGGCCUGUCGGCAAACCCCUACGUGAAGGUGAACGUCUUCUACGGCCGCAAGCGCAUCGCCAAGAAGAAGACCCACGUGAAGAAGUGCACGCUGAACCCGGUCUUCAACGAGUCCUUCAUCUAUGACAUCCCGCCCGAGCUGCUGCCUGAGAUCUCCGUCGAGUUCCUGGUGGUCGACUUCGACCGCACCACCAAGAACGAAGUCCUCGGCCGCCUGCUGCUCGGCCUCCACAGCCCCGCCCCCUCCGGCGCCUCCCACUGGCGGGAAGUCUGCGAGAACCCCCGCCGGCAGAUCUCCAAAUGGCACAACCUGAGCGAGUACUGAGGAAACAAAACAUACUGAAACCAGCCGACAGCAGCGACUGGCUGGGACUCGACCAGUGAACGCACUGGGAAAUAAAGACUGAGUGUACACACACACACACACACACACACACACACACACACACACACACAUUAACUACACAUAUUUACACACACACAUAUAUACACACCACAGUUAAAGGACAGGUUUGUGUUUUAUCAAGUCUGUAUUAACACAUACUGACCUGUUCAUAUGUACGUCGUCACUGCAUCAGUUCCUGCUCUCCAUACCGACCCUGAACGCAUCGUCACUGUUCAGAGUUCAGAGUUCAUCUGAAGCUGAUGUGAAGUUUCAUCAGUCUCAGGUCUGAAGUUUCAGUCUGUUCCAGCAGGAAGUAGAACGUGUUUUUAUUCACGCUGACGAUGAUGCAACGUCUUCAGACAUUUUCUCUCAGUGUCACUUCUGCUGAGCUGCAAACGCUCUUUAUGUAUUUUAGCCACAACGCGCCGCUUUCAGGAUCUCAGAGGAAAUGUCUGGAACACAUUCGCUCAUCGUUUCUGUCAGCAGAUCAACACACUGAACCGUGUUCAUCGGCCUUUCUCAGCACAGAGAACGCCAGAUUCAGACCUGGCGAGUUGAGCUCAGGAGUGCAGGUUGUAGAGGUGGGAGGAUCAUCAGCAGGAACAGCUGACUGAUCUGUGACCUCAGAGCUCCGCUAGCAGACCUCUGAGAUGACGAAGUAAUAUUAAAACCUAAUAAAGUGACAUAUUAACAGUCUAAGAUCAGAUAUAAUGCUGCUGAUUGGUCCUGAUUGGAGCAGGAACACUUGUGUUCUUCUGGACUGAACCGGGCUGGAUCUGGACUCUGAGCCGUGACUCACAACGUGUCACAGAAACAGACGAGCUCAGACUGAGAAAAGCCUCGUAUCUGAUUGGACACUGAGGCAGGAGUUUCAUUCUCAGGAUUUAGUCCUGAACAUGAUGUAAUCAGCCAGCUGGUGGCGCUGUGACAGCUGAGUGUGGUGGAGGCGUAAAGUAGCAGCUCACAGCUUCAGACCUGAAGCGGUUUAAUCUCAUCAGACAGAACAAAUACUCCACAUAUCAAAAACACGUCUUCAGACUAGCAGAAUGUUUCCCUCCAGCACUGAUGAAGCUUUGUAUUAACUUCAGAUGAACGUCGUCCUCCUCUCUGACAGUGCAGAUGUGUUCAGGGUCAGCAUGGAGAGUAGGAACUGUUAGUUACAGAGACACGUUUCCAUGCACAUACGAACAUGUCAGGAUUUUAUCAAGACAGACUUGAAUAAAGCUGAACUGAACCUUUCAACACUCUCUCUUUCUGUCUCUAUUAUCUCUCUCUACCACGACAACAUUUGCAAUCUAAGAAAAGUCCUGCAGUUCUUUAUUACAGCCAACAAACAGCUGUUUUUGAAAUAGAAACCAUGAAAUCA